GUAAAUUGUCUGAAGGGUGGGCGUUAUAUUGGUUUGGCUUCUUUGUAUAUAUCAUAUUGCUAUAAUAUUUCCAACAUCUUUCAAAAUCUAAUAAUAAUAAUUUUGCAAUGAAUCUACUUUUGCUCAGAUCUUCUUCUUUGAAACGGACUUCCUGCUCGUUUUUAUCGAAAAGUCUUUCAGGAAAUGGAUUUUUAAUAUCUCCUUCUAUUGCUUUACAUUACUCGACCAUAACACCAGAAAAGAACAAUACACUCAAAGCUGCCGAAGAACAUGUCAACGAAAUAAAUGAAAUAAACCAAAAGCAUAAAGAAAAUCAUGCCAGCGAGAUUAAAAACCAAAAUUCUAAUUCAGCGCCAUCUAAAAUUCAGCCAAUAUCUCAUAAACAGACUAGACUUAUUGUUGAGAAACAAAUAAAAUUUAAAGAAACUGCAUUACGUUCUCCUUUGUUAAUUACUUUACAUCGAAGACUUGAGCUACCUAAGAGCUUUGAACUCUACUCCUUGGCCAGAUGCUUGACAUGCAAAGGAAGAACCUCACAAUACUCAAAGAAUGCUGACAACUCUGCUUUGGCGUAUUUCGGUGAGAGCUUAUUAGAUUAUUAUGUCACCGAACAUUUAAUUACAAAAUAUCCUAGAUUGCCUCUAAAGAUCCUUGAAAACGCAGUCGAUGCCUACACUUCUGACAAAGUGUUGCAUGAUGUUGCUGCCAAUUCUUGGGGUAUAGAAGCUGAUAACUCCUUGCCUAUUGAUUUAGCUUUGAGAGAUGUUGAUUCAUCUUAUUAUUUAGGAAAACUAAGAUAUGUGGAACGUCACAAGCAGUUAGAAAAUGAUUCAAAUUUUAUUCAGAUUGAUACAAAAAAAAACUCAACAACAGAAAGAAAUGCUAUGGCUUCAGCUGUUAAAAGUAUAUUGGCUGUUUAUUAUGCUUCAACAGAGUCUUUAUCUGAAACCAAGAAAUUUAUUCAUGCUCACAUUUUAUCAAGAAAAUUGGAUGUUUCCAGUUUAUUUGCUUUUAAUCAGCCAACAAGAGAAUUGUCUGUUUUAUGUAAAAGAGAAAACUUAGAGCCUCCAGUAACAAGGUUGAUUUCUGAAACUGGAAGAUUAUCAAGAAGUCCUGUAUUUGUUGCUGGUGUUUUCAGUGGAACCGAAAAAUUAGGUGAAAGUUAUGCAUCAAGUUUACAAGAAGCAAAAAUUAGAGCUGCAGUUGCCGCUUUAAAAAAUUAUUAUCUUUAUUCCCCAUUAAAUCCAAAAUAUCCAAGCGAUGAAGAUUUUUCACCAGCAUUAAUAGUUGAUCAUGGCGACGUCAUUGUAUAAUUUAUCAUUAUUCUAUUUCAAAAUUUAAACAAUAAAACAAAAUCACUCAAAAUUCCAGUUUUUUUUAAUUUUUUUCCAUUCUUGCAAAACAAUUGUUCACCUUAUUGGUUUAUAAUUUAACUGUUAGGCUAAUUUAAUUCUUAAUAGCUGAUUGAAUUAUACGCAGUUUUUUUUGUCUGUAUAUAUUUAUUACUUUUAAUAUACAAAAAAGUGCCCCUUCUA